CGAGAUCCUUCGUGCGGCCUCUCAGCCUUGUCUGUCGCAUGAGUUGACAAACUCGCGAACUCGCCCAGGAUGUUCUUCCUCCGUCUCGACCAUUAUUAUAUGCCCCUUGCGCAUUCCCCCCAGGCCACCCGGGCGAAGCCUCAAGGCCGGCGGCAGCAUGGCUAGCACAACCCAGCUGAACAGCGGGGACGCUAUCCUUCGCGACAACACCCACGACGAAUCCACUGCACUCGAUCCCGAGCAGGUCGCAGCGAUUUUGAACUGCAACUUCCUGGAUGUCAAUGAGGAAGAUGCGCAGUUACAACGCUAUCUCGCAGGACAGCCCGAGACUGCUUUCACUGCGAAUGGUCUGGAGAUCCCGGGUCCAGCGUUGCCCGCACUCUCCGAUGGCCCAUCGCCGAGCGCAUCUUGUGCGAACAGCGCCAUAGCGUUGCACACACCUGAGCCUGAGUACAACGAAGACAACCUCAAUGCAGGGGAGGUGCUCGGUCAGAAUGGGCUGCGCAACACGGAUGGCGACUACAACCUCGAUGACUAUAUCAAUUCGUCCGCGUACGAGCCGGCAGACAUUGUCAAAACCGAGCAGCAGAUGCCAGAUCCACCUAUCCUCCAUCAAUCAUACUCCGAGCCAUUUGUCACCACGAAAACGGAGAAACCGCCGCUCACGCGAUCGUCGCCAUCAGCUGGUGCACUCCUCGAAAGCCCUACAGACGCUCACAACGACCUACAUCGUUCACUAUCCAAGAGAGGGCGUCAGGAUACAAGCAACGAUUUCGCAAGCUCGGUCAAGAGAGCUCCCAGUAAACGGAUGAAACAACAAAAGGGCGGGUAUCCUUGUCUCGGCUGCACAGAGACAUUUGAUCGUGCUUGCGACCAGAAGAAACACUAUCAGCGUACUCAUGCGCCCAAAGACUCGCACCCGCACUCUUGCCCAGACUGUCAAGAACAUGGCAUAGUCAAGGCCUUCUUGUACCCCAAAGACCUGCGCCGACACUUCAAACAAGUGCACAGCAAGAUCAUCACCAACAUCUCCACUGGCAGGAAAGCAUCGAAUGCUUCCCCAGUAUCUGCGACAUCUCCCAAGAACUUCGGCUUGUGGGCCCUAUGCAAGACCGUAGUUUCCUUCAAGAAACUGCGCAUCAUUGCUAGUUCACCCGGACACAAGUUGAUCAUGGUAUCGCAAGAUCAGAAAUCAUUCUUCGAGGUUGAUGUUUCUGGUGUGCUCAACCCAGACGGUUUGGUCUCCAGGAUCCUCGAAACCCUCGGAGUUGAUAGCGACUUCCCGCAUGAGUUUGUUCAAGCCCAGACGUAUAGUCGUCAAUAUGGGCUUGGCCAGAAGCUUGAUGCGCAGAGCGCCUUCCAGUUGGUCAGGAAGAAUGCUGAUACCCAAGGCUCGUUCAAGUUGAUCAUCAGUGCUGCGGAUGCGUACACUGGCUGAGCGCCCACUUCGCUACCUUGGAUAAAUCGUUGGAUGGACUACCAUAUUGUUUGGCUUGGUUCGAGGCGCGCCCUUUCUUUCGCUCGAAUUAUUUUGACAUUUAUCGUCCCCUGUCCCUUCCGAGCUCGGUCUACUGGCGUCAGAACAGUGUUGAAAAGCUUCGAAUACCAGUGGAGUUCCCCUACGAAAUACCCCAUACCCCUUUGCGAUUUCUUUGUUGUGCUUACUCACCUACCUUUUGGCGUUCCGCAAAACUCAGCUAUUGAUGAAACAGCCAUUUGGGGACGACCUGUACUAUGUAAGCAUGGCGUUGCAGGAGACGGCAGCUCAGCGCUAUGUACAUAUAGAUGUGAAAGGGUUCGAGCAUCAGCACAUUCCCUUAAUGCAGUACUUUCACGCGAGAUCGAGCCUUCCACUAUCUUCGCAUCAUUAAUUUACACUACGUACUGACAGC